CCGGGCUUAAGGUGCCGUGCGCUCGAGUCUCUCCGGAGCUUCUCAGUGCUGCUGGAGGAGAACACGAAGAUCGCUUGUUGUGAACUAUGGCCGUGUUUAUCGCUUGUGGAUGAUGAUUUCACCGAACAUCUAAAAAGGCCUCCAGCACCAUCUGAUCUUGGACAGGGACCAAAUGCCAAUCCACUGAGAACGGAUUAAAACAGGAAUCUUUCACCUCACCUAAGUAGGUGUGAAUUGCUGGCUGGAGUCAUGGGGAACCAGCUGACUGAUAUCGCUCCCAGCACGCCGUUCCUGCCAAGCUUCCAGUGCCUACACGUGGUCGUCAUUGGCCUCGAUUCGGCCGGAAAAACCUCUCUGCUCUACAGGCUCAAACUCAAGGAGUUUGUCAAAACAAUCCCAACCAAGGGCUUCAACACAGAGAAGAUCAAAGUGGCAGUUGGGGCAUCUCGUGGAAUAAACUUCCAGAUUUGGGAUGUGGGUGGGCAGGACAAGCUGCGUCCGCUCUGGAAGUCCUACACUCGCAGGACAGAUGGGAUGGUGUUUGUGGUGGACUCCACCGAGGUGGAGCGAAUGGAGGAGGCCAAAGUGGAGCUCCAUAAGAUCACCCGCACGUCAGAGAAUCAGGGAGUCCCGGUGCUAAUUCUCGCCAACAAACAGGACCUGGACUCGGCCUUGUCUGUGAGCGAGGUGGAGAAGCUGCUCUCUGUUCAUGAACUGAGCAUGUACACGCUGUAUCACGUGCAGAGCUGCAGCGCUGUGGACGGUCAGGGGCUCCAGCUGGGCUUGGAGAAACUCUAUGAGAUGAUCCUGAAGAGGAAGAAGAUGGUGAAGCACAACAGGAACAGGAAGAGAUGAACUACCGGUUCACACUGUGGACUUUAUACACCAGAGAUUUAUACACUGCUCAGAUGCUUCCAGGCUUAAUGGUCCUCUUUAAUGGGAAAGCAAUUUGUGCCAACAAAACAACAAUUACACACGGCCUGAGGGUCCGGAGAAAUGGAUUUGCUCAUAAUAACUGAAACAGUAUUGACAUUGUUUUUGUUCUGCAGCUGUCCUUAGACAGCUUAUAGAUUUAAGGAAACCUUGAAGCAGUUAGUCCUCACUAAGUGCUUUUCUACACUUGUUUUAAAGAAGAUUUCUGAGAAGACACUUGCCUGCUCACUUUAGGACUCACAGAGGGCCACAUUCCCAUUUGAUGAAGAAGAUUUACUUAAAAUGACGUUCUUAUAUUCCUCGAAAGGCUUGCACAGAUUCUGUACCACUAAAUUGCUGUUUUUCUUCCACAAUGUACUGAUCUUUUUUCAAAAUAUUUAUUCAGUGUAUAUGUAUUCGUACUGGACAGAGGCUCCUUUUUCUUUUUUGUAAAUGAACAGCGUCCAGCGCUCAAUUAGCACCAAUGAUAUUUAGUUUAAUUCCUAACAGAUCCUAAGUGCAUUCCCUUCAUAGACACACAUAUAUAUACAAAUUUAGCUACCACUGUAUAAUUAUACUGUUUUUACAAAUUGUAAUUUUUUCGUAAACUGAAGACUUAAUAAACCUAGCACUGUACAGAACAUA